GCAUUCUUACGCUUUCUUGGAUGUGCAUGCAUGUUUUGUCACGUUGAGAGCUGUUGAUGGAGGUGAUCAGGAGCUGUCUUUGGUCGCGCAGGUAAUUGGAUUUCAAGCAUCCGUUUUAUUGAGGAACGCUAAAUUUGGAAGCGUCUCGUUUUAUUACGGCAGACGAUCACGUAAAGAAGAUAUUGUGAUCUGCAACACUCUUGGGGCAGGACAUUUGACUCUUUUGAAAUGACGGAGAAUAACGAAAAAGAGAAUGAACCCCAAAACCAGGACUUUCAGCGCUCGCCGGUAUCAGUACCGAUCCAGUCCGAAUCAAAGCUCCAGCGAUUGAAGCGAUCUCUUUCAUUCAAGUCUGUCAUGCGGAGUAAAAGCGUCGACAACUUCUUCCAGCGCACCAGCAAUGAAGCUCGGCAUUCUCCAGACUUCAUCUCUGAACAUCCUCCACCUGCUCUGGAACCUCCAUCUCCUCCACCGUUUCAAGAGUGUCCUCUGCCAUUUGAUCGUUCACCCUCGCUGUCACCAUCGAUCAGCCCCAACCCGUCGCUGUCAUCGCAGUCGCCCGCUGUCAGUCCCUCCAUCUCUCUCAGUUCUAAAGCCUCGCUUAAGUCACAGUCCUGCACGGAGAAGAAACAUUCGUUCCAGGAAUACGUGUUUCGCCGACCAACUGUUUGUCAGCUGUGCAAGCAAAUGAUAAUAGGGUAUUCUAAGCAGGGUUUGCGGUGUAAAUCUUGUAAAAUAGGAGCUCAUCUCUGGUGUUCUUCUGAGCUUUCCCAACAAGCCUGCCAUGGCAAGUCGGGUGUUUUCAAAAGGAACUUCAGUUCUCCUCUUCUCACUUACGAUCACUUUGGUGUGAAUAAAGAUGCUUCGCCCACUCAAGAUCAGGGUAAGGGUGCUGUGGACCCGGUUUAUGAGGCAUUACGAUAUGGAACAUCUCUUGCGCAAAUGAGUCGAUCCAACUCUGGAAACAUCUCAGAAUCACCAUGUUACCAGGGCAAGGGAGUCGGAGAGAGUUUAGAGAGUCAAACUAUCACUGAAGAGGAGUGUGUUGCUGACGCUGAAGCUGUCUCUCUUGCCGACAGUGAAAGAUCAGAGGAUAGAGUCAGUUUAAAGGCCCCUAAACGCAUUGAAGUGCACUCCAUACACACGUACGUUGUGUUGUACAAGUUCCUUCCUCAAGAGAAACACGACCUGGAGCUACAGCCAGGUGAUCGUGUUCAGGUGACUGAUGACUCAAAUGAGGAUUGGUGGAAGGGUAAAUGUCGUGAUAAAGUCGGCUUUUUCCCAGCUAACUUUGUGCAAAGAGUCCGUCCUGGAGAGAGGGUGUGGCGGGUGACUCAGGGUUACCAUGGCAACAAAGACAAAGGACAGAUGACUGUUAAAGGGUUCCAGAUCUGUGUUGGUAAAGGAGAAGAGACGGAUGGCUUCCUGAAAUUGAGCAGUGGUAAGAAGCGUGGUCUGGUGCCCACAAGAUUUCUGGAGGAGAUAUGAGGCCUGUUUCUCCACAUCCUGAACAGGAAACAUGAGAGAAUAUAUGGAAUGAUUCUGCUUCACCUCUCCACGUGUACCGCACGGCAGCGACUGAUCGAGCAUGCAUCCUCGCACACACACGUUUUACCUGUGGAGCACCAGAUACUGUCGGACAGAAGCAGAACCUGCGGUGAGACUUGCAGGAGAUCAGCAGAGAAACAGAAGUUCAUGCAACUUUGCAUGGCCUGCAUUCUGACCUCUGAACUCUCACAGACGCAAACAAGAGGAAAGCGUGAACCCGAUAUGGACCAAUAGUGAUGUAAUUCCUGUGCGAGAUAGAUAGAUAGAUAGAUCAAUCGAUCCCUUUGUGGUAACACUGAGAAUGCAACGUGUAUUUGUGUUUUCACAUGAAUUGUGUUCUGACCAGUGUUGGUCAAGUUACUCAAAUUACUUUCCCUAACAUUACUUUAGGGAAAUUUUAAUCAGAUUACUUUACCGAUUACUUUGUGGCAGGGACAUAGCAAACAAUUCUGGGGCCCCUGACUCUAUAUUACUCUGGACCUCUUUUAUAUAUAUAUUUAUAAAAAAAUAAAAAUAAAAAAAAAACAUUUAAAAAUGUUCUGUGGCCCCCCCGGACCUGUGGGCCCCUAGAAUCAUUACCACUUUUCACCCUAAAAGCUACACUGCUUUGUGGCAAAAAUAAACGCAUUACUUUAUUAUAUUACACAUUAUUAUUUGUUUUUCUGCUCAACAAAUUAAAAAUAAUGUCUGAAUUAUGUCUAUACACGCCUUUUAGCUGUCACAGAAAUGCAAACAGACAUGCAGAAACAUAAUUCAUGUUUUAAAUGUAUUCUACGUAAAUCAUUGUAUUUAAAAUUUGUAACCCAAGUAAUGUACUUAAAAGUAAUUAACUUAUUAGAAUUUUCAGUAACUACAACCUGAUUACAAGAAUUUUAAAUGUAAUGCAUUACACUGUUUUGACUAAAAAGUAAUUAGAUUACAGUAACAAAUUACUUUAAUCAGUUUACACCAAACACUGGUUCUGACACAUUUUGGAAUGCAAUGGCGCAUGAAAACGAGCUUGCGUAGCGUAGGUAUUUGCUUUGGGAUCUUUUUCAUUUGAGCAAGAGAAUUACCGACAUGCCAGUCAAAGCCGGUGGGUGUAAUCAGCACUACUUUGAGGUUUUCUUAUUGGCUCAGAAUGUCAGCAGUCCAAAGUCGAGAGUGCGAAACGUGCAAAGUUUGAUAAAGAGUGAAGAAGAAACAGAGACAGAAGCUGUCAUGGUCAAAGUUUUGGUUAGCAACUUCAUCUGCAAGAGUCAACAAGAAUUCUUUGAUUGUACCAUGCCCAGCCAUAGCUUCGUUGUGAGAAAAGCACGACUAAACUAACCAGAAGGUCCAAAGAAAUCCAUUUUAAAAGGUGACACCUACUGUCGUUCAGUGACGUGCCAAUAACCAUAACCCUGACAACGAAAAAACAUAAAGCUCAUGCAUAAAAGAAAAAUUAACCCUUAAAAGAAAAUGGACGCAAAAGAGUGCUAAAAUUAAAUACAAGGGACAUUUAUUUAAUGAUUUAUUAAAUUAAUAUUUGUAUUUUUUUACAAUUUUAUUAUGUAUUUAAUGAUGUAUUUUAAUAUUUAUUUAGUGAUUUAAUUGAGUAAUUUGGCCCUCCAUAGUUUUUGGCCAUAGAGUCACUGUAUGAACUGUUUGGUUGCAAGAAGUGUUCUACAGAAUUGAAAAACAACAAAACAGAAAAGCAUGCACUAUUUUGAUAAUUAAAAAACUUGUGUAGACUAUUGUUACUUUAUACUACAAUGAAGCAAUGCAAAAAAAUAAUCUUAGUCUUCCUUUUCAUUUUCUCACUUGAUUAUUCUCACUUUCUCGCACACACUUCUCUAUCUUUUCUCUGUCUAAUAGAAUCAGCACAGUAAGGCGCUUGUCUAGUUGUGUUCUUUGCAGUGAUGGGUGCCGAGUGAGAUGACACUUUUUAGGAGGCUGUUUUGUAUGUAGUUGACGUCCCUUCUCAACACACCACACAGCACAAAGCAGAUGCCUUAUGUCCAGAGUAAGAGAUAUAGUUGAACUUUAUAUGCACUGCAAUGAGAAACCUCAAACAUACAUAGCAAAUAGGUAGCAAUCAUUGAAAUGAUAGUUUUUAACUAAUAGUUAUUCUGUGCUUCAUGUGCAUGCAUUUGUAAUUAAAUUGUGUACGUAUGUCCAUUAUUUUGUGUGAAUUGUCAAUUAUAUUCCUAUUUAUAUAAGCAGUUAAAUCUGCUUUGAACUAGCAAUAAUGAUUUGAUGUUUUUCUUUAGAUCAUAAUCUCAGUUUGACUCAGUGAAAUAAUUAGAUAAUUGAGAUAUAAAUCCAUAUCACUGUGGCUUCGGUGGUAUUUAUUUAUUUGUUGAUUUUAUUCUAUUAUUUAUUGUUCAAUCACGAAAUAAGCUCUGCCAGUGCACCAUGUCACAUAUAAUCUGGGGAAUUGUAAAAAAUAAAAAGUUUUAAAUGUACAGUUCAUGUAUGAUGUGCUACAGCACAAAAGAAAAACAAAACUUCUAAAUGUUUUGUUGGGUUGGUACAGAAGUACUAUCAUAAGAUUAAAUAUGCAUUGACUUGAUUUGUCACUGAUAUGCCAGUGUCAAUUCUCAUGUCCCUAAUUAUUAUGUCUUAUUAUCAAAUUGAGAGCUGCUGUAGCUGCUGUAAUUUCUUAUGGUUUAGUCAUGGGAUAUAUUGGAGCAUGGUUAGGUUUAAACCUUUAAACAAAUAUAAAUCAAGCACUGGCAACCACAAAAAUAUUUCUGUAUGCAUGAAAAAUGAUCAAAUCUUCUGAUCACACUUUAAU